UCAAUGGCCCGAUUCCUCCUGGUAACCCGGGCCAGGUGGGAGGAUCACAGCUGGGACAGUGUUUCCGCCAAGAUGGUUGUCGGCGCUUUUCCCAUCGCCAAACUCCUCUACUUGGGGGUGCGACAGAUGAGUAAGCCGGUGGCAAACCGAAUAAAAGCUGGGGCUCGGAGAAGUGAAUUCUUCAGGAAUUAUAUCUGCCUACCGCCGGCGCAGUUGUAUCACUGGAUUGAGAUGAGGACGAAGAUGAGGAUCAUGGGAUUCCGAGGUGCUGCCAUAAAGCCCCUGAAUGAGGAGGCAGCUGCAGAACUGGGUGCAGAGCUGCUGGGAGAGGCAAUCAUAUUCAUGGUGGGUGGUGCCUGCAUGGUGCUGGAGUACAGCAGACAGGCGGCAAACUCACGCCGUAAGGAGGAAGAGCUCAACCAGAAUAUUACCAGCCUGCAGACACAGCUGGCAGAGCUCACCCUUGUCACUGAAACCCUGGAUGCCCAGCUGAGGGAGGUCAACCGAGUACUGGUGGCCCUGCCUGCUCCCACUAGUAAAUAGCAGGAUGCUCCUAGAAGGUUUGGUAUAUAGCUGGUUUUGUGUCGAAAAGGGAAUCUUUGAGACGGCAAUGAGAUGGUUCAGUCAGAUACAUGGGUCUCCUCCCUAAGAACAAUACUGCCAGAAGCAGAGCUCAUCCCCAGCUACUUGUAAAAUAAAAAUCAUCAUGACAAUACAAGUGUGAACUGUGCUGUUAGGUGUACUGUAUGAUAAAGUGAAGGCAGCUUGACUGCUGACCAUUUUUCUCCAACGCUAAGGCAUAUACUAGCAGACAGUUUUACUGCCAGCUGUACCAUUUUUUAAGAUACUGAUUUGAAUUUAAAACAUGGCAGCUGACAUCUUUGGCAGUGGGAGAUGGAUUGAUCAGUGACUUAUACUGUAACAAGGUUACUAUAAUUACAUUUGUUCUUGGAUUAUGAUAUUUCACUGUUCUAAAAAAACUGAAAAUGGUUCUGAUAUCAUCUUAUGAGAGCUACUUGUUUCUCCUCUGAAUACAUUGAAAAUUCAUAUAAAAGCCUCCUAGCUUGACUGCAGCCCUUUGUAAUAGGAACCAAUUUACAUGAUCAAUAUUUGAAACGAGGGUGCUCUCAGACAGCAAGGGGAUUUAUGAAACUUGUUAAAGCACCUGUAAAAUGUACAACUUAUUGUAAUUGAG